CUCAUAUUCCCCAACUGCAUAUGUCCAACCCACCAAAAAUUUUCGGAGAAAAAACCGAUCCAAUUUCAAAUUCCGGUUGAAGAUUCAAGAUGAUGAAUAUCUUGGCCAUGUGUCUGGUUUUCAGUUCUCUUGUUACAGCAGGGUUGUGGUCUGCGAACCCAGAAAGAAAGGACGAUGUUAUGGUAACGGAAGGCCGCAGAGUGGUGGUUUUCGAGUAUGAGAAGAUGGAAAGAGACCAUGGCCAUGAGAACACCAAAGUUCCCAUUUCACCGGCGGAAACACAUCUCUCCGAUGAUAAGAACUCCAUGGAAGCCGCCUCUGUGCUUCCAAAUCUGGGCCAAGGCCUCUCUGGUUCGUACCCGUCCGAAAAUGGAGAAUCACACGGCCCGGUGGAGCUUGUUUGCGACGCCUUGGGAAAGUGCAAACAAAAGAUUGCCAGUGCCGUCGGAAAAGGGAAAGAGAAGGUUCCCGAGACGGCGCAUGGAGUGGAAGAAGGCGCCAAGGAGGCCGUGACCAAAGCGAAGGAAGAAACGGUUUCGGAGAAAGCCCAGAGAGUGGAAGAAGGCGCAAAGGAGGCCGUGACCAAAGCGAAGGAAACGGUUUCCGAGAAAGCCCAGAGAGUGGAAGAAGGCGCCAAGGAGGCGGCGGUGAAGGCCAAGCACCAGGCGGAGACCGCCGUGGACAUGUCCAAGACAAUUGGAAAAGAAGUGAAGCGAAAUUUGUCGACAACAAUGGAGUCGGCCAAGGAGAAGGCCGAAAAGGCGGCGGAAAUGGGCGAGGAGGCGAUGGCCGGGGCGGGGAGGGUUAAGGAGGAAGGCGAAAAGGAAUUGGGGGAAAUUUUCCUGCGCGCUAAGGAGGUGGCGUACGACGUCGGAGAGUACAUGCUGUCGGCGAGGGCGGUGGGGCCGGUGGCGCUGGCGGCGCAUCUGCUGGGGUUCUCGACGGCGUACGGGAUGUGCAUGUGGGUGACAUUCAUUUCGAGCUACGUGUUGAGCGGAGCUCUGCCGAGGCAGCAGUUUGGAGUGGUGCAGAGCAAGAUAUAUCCGGUGUAUUUCAGGGCCAUGGCCUACUGCGUGUUCGUGGCCUUGCUUAGCUAUUUGUUGGUCCCGAGGAGGAGACUCUUCUCAAAAAUGGCGGAUAUGUUUCAGGCCUACAAUCUCCUGUCUUCGCUUCUCAUGCUUCUCUUCAACUUGUGGUACUUGGAGCCCCGAGCCACCAAGGUGAUGUUUGAGAGGAUGAAGAUGGAGAAGGAAGAAGGGCGAGGCAGGGACCAUUAUGUGUCUGAACCAGCAGGCACCAGAGGCGGCGGAGGGUCUGUCGGCGACGCAACCGCAGCGACGGGCGGUGGCGUCGAACCGGCCAGCUCGACCAGACCUGGAACUGUAAGACCGGAAAAGCCACAGGCGGCUCCUGAGGAAGCGAAGACGAGUCGGAUUGUGGGGCUCAGCGAGAGGCUGAAGGUGCUGAACGCGUAUUCGUCUUUUCUCAACGUACUGACGCUUGCGGCUUUGUCUUGGCACCUGGUCUUCCUCAGCCAACAUCUUCACUUGACCUGCUAAUUAACUGACGUCGAUGGUGAUGUGAAGGAGGAAAUGGUGGCACAGUUGACGGCAGGGAAUUUUUAAUUUUUUAUGGGUUGUGCAGAUGGGGCAUGGGGGGUAGUGUUAAUUUGGCUUGUCGUACAAAGCCUGCAUGUGUUGGGUGUUCCUAAUGUAACAAAAACAAUCGUGUUACUUUCGUGCAGGAUGUAUGCACAAAAUUGUUGUACAAACAUAAUGCAGGCAUUUAUUAGAAACAGUUCCCAUAGUCUUAAAAAAAGAGUGUGAAUGUGAUGGAAUGUUGGGAGCUUGUAUCUCUUCUUCUUCUUCUAACCCCACAUGCCAAACAUCACUGGGCAUCGAUAUCUUUUAUUAAUACUCUUCCUAGUUCGUGAAGGAAGUUAAAAGAGAUGAUGGGCCGUAUUGGCUUGCGCCUUGUUUUAGCCGCUGAAAGGGCCGGGUUGGGUUGGGUUCCU